CUUUUUUUUCUUACUCUCGUUUAUAUCUGUUCCCGUCGGGGUUCUUCUGUUCGUUGUGUUUGUCCCAGCGGCGGUGGGAAUGGAUUUGAGAUCUCGCGAUUGUUGGAACUUUAGAAGUUCCAGUGGAAAAUGGCGCCCGUUGUGACGGGGAAGUUUGGUGAGCAAGCUCCACCGCAGCGCCUGACGAGAGAGGCCAUGAGAAACUACCUGAAGGAGAGGGGAGACCAGACCUUACUCAUACUACACGCUAAAGUGGCACAGAAGUCUUACGGCAACGAGAAGAGGUUCUUCUGUCCUCCUCCUUGUAUCUAUCUGAUGGGCUGUGGCUGGAAGAAGAAGACAGAGGAGAUGGAGAGAGAGGGCUGUUCAGAGCAGGAGGCUCAGCCCUGUGCCUUUAUAGGGAUAGGAAACAGUGACCAGGAGAUGCAGCAACUCAACAUAGAGGGGAAGGACUUCUGCACAGCUAAGACUCUAUACAUCAGUGACAGUGACAAGAGGAAACACUUCAUGCUGUCAGUCAAGAUGUUCUAUGGUAACAGUACAGACAUAGGAGUCUUCCUUAGUAAGAGGAUCAAAGUUAUCUCUAAACCGUCCAAGAAGAAACAGUCUCUGAAGAACGCUGACCUGUGCAUAGCGUCAGGUACCAAGGUUGCGUUGUUUAACCGGUUGCGUUCUCAGACUGUCAGUACCCGCUACCUACACGUGGAGGGAGGGAACUUCCAUGCCAGUUCACAACAGUGGGGAGCCUUCUACAUACACCUCUUGGAGGAGGAAGAGCCGGAAGGGGAGGAGUUUGCGGUGAGGGAUGGAUACAUCCACUAUGGUCAGACUGUCAAACUGGUCUGUUCUGUCACUGGUAUGGCGCUGCCUAGACUGGUGAUCCGUAAGGUGGACAAGCAGACAGCGUUGAUGGACGCAGACGACCCAGUGUCUCAGCUUCACAAGUGUUCCUUCUACCUGAAAGACACAGAGAGAAUGUACCUCUGUCUCUCACAGGAGAGAAUCAUUCAGUUCCAGGCCACGCCCUGCCCCAAAGAGCCCAGUAAGGAGAUGAUAAACGAUGGAGCCUCCUGGACCAUCAUCAGUACAGACAAGGCAGAGUACACCUUCUACCAGGGGAUGGGUCCUGUACCCUGUCCUGUUACACCGGUCCCUGUGGUGGAGAGUCUACAGUUGAAUGGUGGAGGUGAUGUGGCCAUGUUAGAGCUGACGGGACAGAACUUUGCUCCAGAUCUCCGAGUCUGGUUUGGAGAUAUCGAGGCUGACACCAUGUACAGGUGUGGAGAGAGCGUGCUCUGCGUGGUGCCUGACAUCUCCGCCUUCAGAGAGGGGUGGCGCUGGGUCCGUCAGCCCGUCCAGGUCCCCGUCACCUUGGUCCGCAACGACGGAGUCAUCUACUCCACGGCCCUCACCUUCACCUAUACCCCAGAACCAGGCCCUCGUCUUCACUGCAGCGCUGCCGGAGCCAUCCUCCAGACCCACAGUCACAGUAUCUCCUCUUCCUCAUCCUCACCUUCCUCAGGGAGUCUGGGGAUGGGAGGUUUAGGGGGGUUGGCGGAAGGACAGACGGGCUACGGGAUUGGUCAAGGGGGAGGGUCAACCAAUAGCGUUGGGUUGUUGUCGGGUUCAUCGGUGAUGUCAGUAUCGUCAUAGCAGCGGGGAAGUGUGUGUGUGUGGGGGAGGUGAGAGGCUCAUGGACCUGCUUUGAAACCACCCUCGCUCGCUCAAGGACUCUUUGGAAAGAGAGCGAUUGAGUUGAAGAGGAGAAGAGAAGAAGAGAAGAAGAGAGAUGAGGUUCUGAUGAAAGACAGACCUGGAAGGAGGGGGAUCCCCUCUCUCUUGCGCCCCCGUGUGGUCGGUUGUGGACAUGACACUGCAGCCUGGGUCAUUCAGUCUGGGAGAGGUUUCACCUCCAGGAUGACACAAUAACUAGGAGCCCUUUUUAUACAUUUGUUGGAGAACAACUUUUUAUUUUAUUUUCAACACUCACUCUUUCUACAAAGUUUAGAUACAUUUUUUUUUGGACCCACAACAAAGAGCUUUGGUAAUGAUGGAGAUAUCACUCGUGUGCAGAGAAACGUCAUUAUAUUGUUUUAUGGGUGAAACAUUUAUUAUAGUAACAAUUUUUACGGACCAAGGAAUAUCAUUGUUAUUUUAUUCUUUAUGUUAUUUUAUAAGCUUUAGCCGAGGUACAUUUUUCAAAUGUUUUUUUGUUGUAUUAUAACAUUUUAAGGAGUACACUUUUUUGUUACCAAAUAGUUUUUUUCUCCAUUUGAGAGAGAGAGAGAGAGAGAACUCUGAGGAGAUUGAGUAAUGUGAUUCAGGCUGCGUCUCAAUCGGCCUAAAAACUGGAUUCCUCCCUUUUAUUAGUGUUGAAAGAGUGACGUGACCUCGGGGUGCUUUGUGCAAGUCUUAAAGUCUGGAAAAGGUCAGGGUUGUAAGUUAUCUGAAUAGGGCAAGAGUUGAAUAAGUGAAAGCAAACUCGAAAGUAGGUUAUCUCUCUCUCUCUCUUUCUACCCCAUCUCUUCCACCUUCUCUGUCCUGUCCGGAUUAAGGAGAGGAAAUUAGGCUUGGUGGUAAAAGGGAGGAAGGAAGCCAUUUUGAGACGGUUGACAUGCACCCCAUAAUCUCAGCCAGUUUCUAUAGCAACCUUAAAUCUUCCUGGCCAAUCGCCUUAAAUUGAUCAGUCUCACCAGACCUUUUUAGAAGAAACGAAAAAAAUAUAUAUCCAUAUAUUUUUUUGGUAUGUUGUGUGUGUAUAUAAGGUUGUCGUUUUGUGAACAUGUCUAAGAAUGUUUGGUCGACACUCGUCAAGCCCAAGGCCUGGGAAUGUUUCAUCAUGUCGUUGGUCUCUGUCUCUCAAAUGACACCUGAUUUCCUAAAUAGUGCACUACUUUAGGCCAGGGCUCUCCUAUAGGGGGAUCCUAAAUAGUGCACUACUUUAGGCCAGGGCUCUCCUAUGGGGGAUCCUAACAUAGGGAUUGGAGUGCAGUUUGGGAUGCAGAGUUGGUUUUUACACUACCGUUCGGGCCUCAUUCCCAAAUCGGCUCCUUGCCCGUAGUAGACGUUUGUGCAAAUCUGAGAGGAUUGUACAGGUAUUACCAAUAUGGUAAUCACCCCUGUGGCCUUCUAAGCUUCGGGUAAUUCGUGCCAUUUUUUGUUUACUUAGUGCAUACUAUCUAGGGGUCAUUUUGCUUACCUAGUGCACGCUAUCUAGGGGCUAGGGAUUGGUUUGGGACUGGACAGAAGUCUUUAAAAAAACAAAAUAUUUACGAAGAGCUUUAAAAAUGCCACAACUGCCUUUUUUAGCUUGUAACACUUUCAAGCAGCUCCCCCUCUUAUCUAUCUAAUGAAGCCGUAGCAUCAAACAGAAAAUCACUUGCGUCGCUAAGCUGAUAGCCCCACUACACUUAUAAAUGUAAUUCGCUAAAGCUUCAUUGGAAUUCAAUUGGCUAAGCUAAUGGCUAAUGCUACAAUGUAAUUCUAUGAGUGAAGCUAAGCUGAAGCUAAUGCUACUGUGUCGUUCUAUUUUAGUGAAGCUAACGCUAACGCUAAGCUACAAUGUAAGUCUGGUAGUGAAGCUAAGCUAACGCUAAGCUAAGCUACAAUGUAAGUCUGGUAGUGAAGCUAAGCUAACGCUAAGCUAAGCUACAAUGUAAGUCUGGUAGUGAAGCUAAUGCUAAUAUGUAAUUAAUGUCACUUGGCUCUACGGCUAAACUUAAUUGAAAUCACGAUACCUUUAAAAAAAAUAAAAAACACUCCCUAGCAAGAGACGGUUUUCUGUCUCACCACUGUCUGUCUUCUCACAAAGUAGCCUCUCUUUUUGUAGCUUAAGUGUUUCACACGUCACAUUUUUAGGUAGCCUAUCAGUCGGUGUUUUUUUUUCUCAUUUUUUUCAUUUUUGUUCAUCACGAAGGGAAUCAUUUUUCCUAUGUUCAGCGUACAACUACAAUGUUUUCCCUCCACUGUAGAAAAAAAAAAAGGUUAUUGAAACGAUUGCCAAAAAAUAUGUCCCAACUUUGUUGUGGGUCAGGUCGGUGGACCUGUUCACCUGUUGCUUAUCUGUCAUUGGUGCUGUACGACGUCGCAAGGGGAUGGUUGCUCUGUUACUAUGGGAACAGGCUAUGAUAACAUGUACUGUAACUGGCUCUAACUGAUUUUAUUCAAGUUGUAACAGUUUUAAUAUUUUUGGGACGUUUUUCGUCUUGGAUCAAUGCUCUUACGGCUGUUUUUUUUGGUGUUAUUCAUUGAUUUAAAAAAAAAAAAACACUGUGGAAGUUAUUUAGUUGGCAAUCGGUUCUCAAAUACAGGUCACCAGUUUUUGGACUUUCUUGGAAGAAAUUCUCUUUGUUCUGCUCUGCUUUUAAUUUGUGGUGCCUUUGCCUCCUCUUAACAAGUACGAGGAACAAUAUAACUGUUCUCAAAUCUGUGGUCCCCACUCAAACCCUAACCAGUAUAAGCUAACACAACUAUGAAACUGGCCUGGGAUCAUUUCUUACGUGGUGAUUAUUUUUUUUCCUCACUUCAUAUUGGUGUUGUGUCUCUUGGGUCGUUAUUCACUAGGAAACUAAAACGGAAUCCAACUCUGCAGGCAACGACCUGAACGUGUCUCAAUAAGAAACCUUUUGUUUUUCCCCAUUGCAAAACAUUCUGCGUGAUUUGCACUAAUGAAUACAACCCUGCCCCCCCAAAACAGUUUUCCUCCCUUCCCUGUUACAGCUAAACCGCUCGUAUUGCCUUGGCUCACUCCAUAGGCUGAGCUAUCGCUGGUUCUGGUGUGUGAAGUGUGAAGGCAGGAUUUUGUUCCAGCUCUUAACAUACCUAAUUUAAUUUAGUCUAAUCGUGGUCAAUAAAUCAAUUCAAGACCAGGAGUAGUGGAUUCAUUUUCUUUUAACCUUUUAUUUAACUAGGCAAGUCAGUUAAGAACAAAUUCUUAUUUUCAAUGACAACCCACUGUUCCUAGGCCAACUGCCUGUUCAGGGGCAGAACGACAGAUUUGUACCUUGUCAGCUUGGGGGUUUGAACUUGCAACCUUCCGGUUACUAGUCCAAUGCUCUAACCACUAGGCUACCCUGCCGUGUUCAGGGGCAGAACGACAGAUUUGUACCUUGUCAGCUUGGGGGUUUGAACUUGCAACCUUCCGGUUACUAGUCCAAUGCUCUAACCACUAGGCUACCCUGCCGUGUUUGAGCUGGAUCGGGACAAAUACCUGCACACACACAACUCUUUUAAGAUGAGAGUUGUGUUUCCCCCGGCCUUAUCUAUAGUCUAGAUGAACCUAACGCAGAAAUAGCCACCACUCUGUGGUUGUCUGGGUUGAAGACACUGAUCUGAUGCCCUAAUUCACACUAAAUGGAGGCUUGACCAGUUCAGCUCGGGUUUGGCCCGAUAGUUGUGAAUCAAGUGUUUGUUUGUUUGUUUUGCUUUCCUGAGAACUGAAACGAUAAACAAUACUCUUAACAUGCCAAAUGAAUCAACUUUCCCCCCGUUUUUAACUUUGUGUCUGCAAUCUGAACCGGGACCCUAUUCCAUAUACAGGUCAUUACCUACAGAGUCUAAUGUAUCACUAUGUAGGGAAUAGGUUGCCAGUUCAGACAAAGUCUGUGGUUUUCCUGCUUUUGGACCUCUUGAAAGCCAGCUUCUUCUUUUUUUUACACCACAUAAAGAAGGCAGAACAAAAGAAAUCAAAUGCAUUGAGUUUGUUUUUUAAAAAUGUCUCUGAAUAAAAUGUCUUUAUGUCUUCAGGCUCUCUUGGUUGAGCUCUGAAAAAAGGGCAGGUCUGACAGCAUUGGAGAAAGAAAAGGUCAAGAAAUAAAAGUUGGGAGUUGG